AUGACAUUUGUUGCAACUAACAGGAUGGAGUGGCUGUUCCAGCGAUGCCAUAAAGAGGCUGUUUUCCACUCUGUCUUUCGGUCGGUUCUGUUCAUGUCAUGUUUGCUUUUGGUCCUGUCCGUGUCCAUGUAUCCUGGGUUGUGGUACCUUGGGGUCCAGCUGCAUUCUGCCGUCACAGGGAGCUAUGUACAUGGCCACCACUCUGUCCUUCUCAUCAACAAUCCCAAUGAACAGACAGCCAAGGACAUUGGCAGGGCAAUCAUGAAAAGACGGCUGGCUGCCAGUAUUAACAUUCUCGCCAGGACCUCCACAAUGUAUUAUUGGAAAGGUGAAAUCCAGGAUGCAAGUGAAAUUCUGAUGCUGGUGAAAACAAAGACAUCCAGGAUCCAGCAAGUCAUAGAUUAUGUGAGGUCUGUCCACCCCUAUGCAAAUCCAGAAGUCCUUAGCUUCCCAGUGGGGGACGGCAGCCUGGCUUACAUGAAGUGGAUGGAUGAAGCUAUUCCAGAUGACUGAUACAUCAUUAUAUCAAAGUCUAUCUCAGCAGGGAUUGCAGCCGAGCGAGGAAACCGAGCCAUGUGUACAGGCUGCUGUUUGAAGGCUUUGGAUCGAAGAGUUCAGAAAGUACUCUGCUGAACAAUAGUUCAAUACAUGACAUUUACACUAUUUUGUUGCUCUGACCUUUUCACUGUAAAUUCCACCAUGUACUGUGGAGAUUUAGAGCUUUAUAUCACAGCCAUAGAAAAUACUUCUUUCUGAUUGGUUGGUUGGAAGGCUUCAGUUAAAAUUGUUUAACCCUUGUGUAGUCUUAACAUUCUGUAUACUCCCCUUGUCCUAAGGGUCAAAAACUGACCCGCCUUCACAAAACCCCUAAAGUAACAACCUGUCACUCAUCACAAACUUUGUGUUUUCCCUCUUCAUAGUGCGGAAGGACUGCAUUUAAUCAGUGGACACCAUUCAUUUUAAUUACAACACAGCACACCGGUCAUCAUUGUUUUCUUUACUAAAGUAGAGGUUUAUUAUUAUUGUUGUUGCUAAAGUUACUGCAAAGGUGUAAACAUUAAUUUUUUAGCAAGAGAUAGUACUUAUAUAGCCUAAGAAAGUAGCAGACAUAUGCAGAAAGUAUAUUUGAAUGCAUUUUAUUGAAGCAAAACAACAGUCUUGAACUUUUUUGGCAACAUAGUGAUAUUUUCCUAUAUUCUCUACAAUGAGGAAUUACUAGCACUUUUCUCCCAUUUUUGAACCAUUGCCCCCACCCACAAGGUGUAUAAACAACAACAAUAGAUAAGAAUAAGAUAAAAGAUAUAAAACAAAAACGUGAAGAGCAUAAAUGGUGGAUCAGGACAAGAUUCAGCCCCCUGAACAGCUUUCAAAAGCGCUGCAGAGGUUGCUGUGGGAUGUGCUCCCUUCUUUGAAUGUGUGGGGUUACAAGUGCUUUUCCCAGCUGCUCCAGGAACACCAUCCUCUUGUUCCGCUUUUCAGGU